UUCCCAGUUUACCCAUGAAUAAUAAUGGCAAUGUCGUUGUUACACAUUGCAUCGACAAUGAUGCCAUCUUGCAAAUGACAAGCGCAAUGAAUACCAACUUCCUAUUGAUAAAUCCCCCCCCCUUUGCAAAGAAGUUUUUUUUACUGUAUAUCUGUUAUUUGCCUACAUGACCCUAAACUGUACUGGUAUGGAGCCGUUUAUUCAGCAUCCCAGUAUCUAGAAUGCUAGAAAAUAACUGUACCCUGUAUGUUCUGGGACGAAUUAUUUAAAAUGAGCACCAAGUAAUUCCCGGACCAUGCGGUGAAAUUUCCAAGUGUUCCACACCUGUGAGCUAUAUGUUGUACAGUAUUAUGGUUGUUUUUCAACUCGUAAUUUCAGGGAGAUACUCAGUUACACGCACACACAAUCCUACAUGCAGAAAGUGAAGAAAAAUUAUAUAAGAUGUGAUUAUCACAUGGUAUAAAAAUUUAAGUAUAUCCGGGUUUCCGCCGUGAAGCUGUGUGGUGAAUGUGUGGAGGUCAGAGAAGAGAGUCCACAGCGCAGGGCACCAUAACUAGGGAAAACAGUGAGGCAGUGUCCCCAGCUUGGCUGGUUGCUUUGCCGAGCGUUGAGGUGGCCAGCAUCCCUGAGACUGUAACACAGAGCAAAUCCAGUUUGAGAUGAAGUAGUCGUAGAGAUGGCUGACUCAGAUGAUAGCACGUCUGGAGCGGGAAGCAGCAGUCAGUCUGAUGACAGUGAACCCGGCACCAGCCUGGGCUCACGCAGGAGAGCCGGGCUGAAGAGGAAGUUGGUGCCUUAUGACUCGGAGGACGACGACGACCAUCCCAAUAUCAGGCCUGAAACAGACGAUGAAUCAGAUGGUGAAGACCCUAUACGUGUCACACAUACUAGUUCCCUGUUAGCGCAAAAGGAUGAAGCUGGAUCCAGCGACUCGGACAGCAGCAAUGGAGCUCCAGGGGCGGAGACUUGUGCCAUCUGCCUGGGAAGGAUGAGGGGAGAAGUGGGCUCACCGGACUCUUGCGAGCACGUCUUCUGCUUCAUCUGUAUCUUGGAGUGGGCUAAGACAAAUGCAACUUGUCCUCAAGACCGAAAAACCUUCAAGGUCGUGCACGUGCGGGAGGUCUUUGGCGGCCCUAUUGAACGGGAGGUCCCCAUCGAGAAGCAGAAGGCUGAAGUGAUAACAUUUCCAGAAGAGGAAGAUAACCCGACAUACUGUGAGGUGUGUAAUGAGUGUGACAGGGAGGAGCGCCUUCUGCUUUGUGACGGAUGUGACCUCGGCUACCACCUGGAGUGCCUUGACCCCCCUCUGACACAAGUGCCCGUCGAGGAGUGGUUUUGUCCCUGCUGCAGCCACGCCAGACUCCACACCAAGGGUACCAGUAGACAAGCAGAAUCUACAGCUGAUGCUAGAACUUCCUCCAAGAGCGGUCUCUCACGUCCACACCAGUCGUCCCAACGGUCCCGACAGCCUCGCCGCAUCCCACGAACUAGAGCCAACGAACGGAUCCGUAUACGUAUUGAGAAACAGCGCAAAAUAUCCAGAAAAUUUAAUCGCAAAAGAAGAAGGAAAAACAAAAAGGAAAAGGUUGCCUCAGGUGAGCUUGAGGACAAGAGACCGGCCAUCAAACAUUUAGGGAAAUUCUCAUACUUUGUUCAAGGUGACAACGACAUCGACGCUGAACACACGGUAGAUGAUUUUGCUGACCAGCUACUUGCAGGAUGUUCUGGCCAACAUAGUGAUCAAAACCAGGAAAACCGUAAAGCAAAUGCUGCCAAACUGCUUCGACAUGCAGCAUUCAAACCACAGGCCACAUAUUCAGGAAAAACCCCCAAUGCCAUUAUUGACCGCCUUAACACACACAGAGAGGAGCGGGAAGAUGAUGUCUUAAGCGGCAUCUUGGAGAAUCAGAGCAUCACGCUUUCCUCUUCCAAGAAACUAACUUUAACCAAUGACAGAAAGUUAACCAAGCAGGAUGGAGUGAAGGAGGACUUAAACAUUGUACUUGAUGAAGGGAAUGCCAUAAUGUCUGAACCUCUUCCCUCACGUAAACCUUCGUCUCAGAAGACCAGUGAAACAAGUGAGAGCUCAAGUAAAGAAGAAACAGGAAGUUGUAGUUCGGCCAGCAGUAGGAGCCAACACCGUCCAAAUUUGUCUGACUCACAGAGGGACUCUCCCUCUAACUCUGGGCCAAGAUCCAGAUCACCUCAUGACACAGAUAAAGCUUCGUCCCGGAGCACGGGCCGGCCUCAAUCUGAAGAUGAGUGGAGAUCUCCGUCCAGAAUGUUGUACCGUGACAAAAACCCUCCCCAAGAUAGCCAUCAGUCGCCCCUGGAGGAUAAACGGAGAUCUCCGCCCAGAAUGUCUUUUCAGCGACAGUUUGUACCCCAGCACAACAGGAGGGAAAAAAAACGUAGUGGCUCUCCCAACAGGAAGAGCUCCAGGGAUUACAGUUAUGACCGAUGGUCAGACAGGCGUGACCAGUCCAAACAUCAAAGAAGAAAUUCUCCUCACAGAAGACCCGGGUCCUGGAGAGACACUGGGGACGACGCUCCGGGGUCCUAUAGGUACUCAGACGAAGAGUGUGCCACUAGUGAGCCCAGUAGUCAUGGGGGACGUUCAGGAAAUAGAGGAUAUUUUGGUAGGCCCAAUUUGGAGUCUGGUUAUUCUCGAGAGCCAUCGGGUAAGAGAAACGUUUCUCCUGGUACGAGAUAUGACAGACAUUCUCACAGAGAACGUUCACCAUUUAGAAAAAAUAGAAUGCAUGAGAGGGAAGGACAUAUACAACACUGGAACCAGCAACCAUCCAGAGGCAGAGGAUCUUACAGUAGAAGAGACAGAGAGGAAUUUUCACACAGGUCAUAUAAAUCAAACCGGCCAAGGUCAAGAUCCAGGUCGCGGUCUCGUUCAAGGGAGCGUUUCAGUCACCGCGGAUCGUCCAACGAGAGGGAGCGAAAACCACGUUCUCAGUGGGGCUAUUCUUAUUAUAAUGCAGAGAAUGAUAAUGAAGGUGUAAAGAACGACACCACCAGCCACAGCUUACAUAGUGUACAUCAUCCUGGUAAUGCUUCCUCCAUCAACACUCUGCUUCCUGAUGUCCAACAUGACCUAGUAGAUAGGUCAAAAAAUAUCUCAGAUACAGAACCUGUCAGUAUAAAGGAAACAGAUUGUGUUGAACCCCACAGUAGCAGUGCCCAGACAACCCAGGACCCCGCAGCGUUCCAGACCAACUUCUUCUCCACUUUGAGCAAUCUUUUUACAGUAAGGAAGGAUGCCCUAGAUUCCUCAGUACCUCGCAAAGAUCAAGAUUCCUCAGUACCUAGCAAAUACCAAGACUCCUCAAUACCUAGCAAUGAUCAAGAUUCCUCAGUACCUAGCAAAGAUAAAGAUUCCUCAGUACCUAGCAAAUGCCAAGACUCCUCAAUCCCUAGCAAAGAGAACAUGAACCCUUCCUCUGAUCAAUGUGACUUGAGUAAUGCUGACAAGGGAAGUAACUGGAGCCAAGACAACUGGAACAGCAUCCAUUGUGAGGACAAGAAGGGCCCUGCAGACGUUGGCAACUUUAAAGUUAAACAUAUAAAAACAAGAAUGUGUAAAGUUCUCGCCUCUCUGUUUGGGAAUGAUGAGGAAAACAGUUCUGAUGAGGAAGAACUCAGACAGGACACUGAAAAGCCAGAAGAAGAAAAAGUAGAUAAUGAUGAUGAUGGCCAUAUUGUGGAAGAAGAGAAAGACAAAAAGUCAAGACCCAAGAACAGAAACAGAAAUUCAAAAAACCGUUCACAUACACAACAUGACGACACCACUUUUACAGUUGACAAUAAAAUGCCUGAAGUAACGCCUCCUUUUCCCGUGUUCAGUGUUAAAACCAAGGGGUCACACUCUCAUGGUGACGCUAAACGGAAAGAAAAGAAAUCUAGGGAGAGUAAUUUAUCUGAGUCCGUUUCCUCGUCACACGGCAAAACCAAAACAAAGAGUCAUGCAUUGUUCUCGGAUGUGUUUGAGAGCAUAGCUGACGUGGCAAGUACGGAGCCCACAGAUUCUGACUUGAGGGAUAUUGAGAUGACACAAGAAACAGAGUUGAUUGAUUAUGACCAUAAACACGACUGGAACGAAUCAGCAAAGACUUUUGCUAAGUUCAUGAAGGAGUAUGGUGACAUUGGAAAAUUGGCUCAGAAGCAUAAACAGAUUCAGGAAGAGAAACGUAUGCAGAAGACGCCCGAAUAUGACAUUAUUAACAAAGAGACGAAAGAUGGCAAUGCAGAAAAUGAAAAAAAUACUCUCGACAGCUUUGUGCAGAAAAACCAUGAAGGAGAGAGGAAAGAUACAGACUAUGUGGUGGCCGGUGUCAAGCCUAGUGCCUCCUCCAAGAAGAAAUCAAAGAGAGAUGACAGCAGGAAAGAUGAUACCAAGAAAAAUGACAUCAGGAAAGAUGACACCAGGAAAGAUGACACCAAGAAAAAUGACACCAGGAAAGAUGACACCAGGAAAGAUGACACCAAGAAAAAUGACAUCAGGAAAGAUGGCACCAGGAAAGAUGACACCAGCAAAGAUGACACCAGGAGAAAUGAUACCAAGAAAAAUGACACCAAGAAAGAUGGCACCAGGAAAGAUGACACCAGCAAAGAUGACGCCAGGAGAGAUGAUACCAAGAAAAAUGACACCAAGAAAGAUGGCACCAGGAAAGAUGACACCAGCAAAGAUGACACCAGGAAAGAUGGCACCAAGAAAAAUGACACUAAGAGAGAUGGCACCAAGAAAGAUGGUACCAAAAAAGAUGACACCAGGAAAGAUGAAACCAGGAAAGAUGGCACUAAGAAAAAUGACAUCAAGAGAGAUGGUACCAGGAAAAACGACACCAAUAGGGUUGACACCAAUGGAGAUGACACCAGGAGAAAUGACACUAAGGGAGAUGACACCAAAGGAAAGGACUCUAGGAGAGAUGGCACGAAGAAAGUCGACACUAAGGAAGACGAUACCAAGGGAGACGACACCAAAAAAGAUGACACCAGGAGAAAUAACACCAAGAGAGAUGACAACAGGAAAGAUGACACCAAUGGGGAUGAUACCAAGGCAAAUGACACAAAGGGAGAUGACACCAGGAAAGAUGACACGAGCAUGCGUAACAAGCAGAAGGCAUCCCUGGAGGCGAAGGUGGUGGAGGAGGUGAAGAAGUGGCUGGACCCGUACUACCGUGACAAGUCGGUGACGAAGGAGGAAUACAAGCAGAUUGUGGCCAAGUGUGUUAAAAAGGUUGUAUCCAAAGAAUGCGGAGAUAUAGUGGAGAGCGAGAAGAUGCGUACCUUGGUGGAGGGCUACGUCGUCCUGUACAAGCACCGCAGGUCAAAGUUACUCUUGGGUCCCAACCACUAACACCUGGAGAUUCACCUAUGUACAGUCAUCCAGCCUAGAGGUGUGAUAAAGUAUUAGUUUGUGGGUGUAUGAACCAUCGCUUUAUACAAAUUAUCUCGUUUCGGUUGGGAGAGUCGAAAAAGAGGUUGGUUUUUACUUGUGAUGCCACCUGUAGAGUAUACUGUAUCAAGUAGUAGAAAUACAGUUGAUGAUUUAGUGUUCUUAUGGUAUAAAUGGGUUAUUUUGUCUCAUUUCAAGUGUAUUAUCAUACUAUUUACAGCUAGUUUAUGUUUGAUCUCUUUCUUCUUUCCACAAUUUUGGGGCAAUAUUCGUUUCUUUUGGAUUGAUGUGGGAUCAGAAACAGUUGAAGAGUGUAUUGAUAUUUUUUAAACCUGUCCAGUAAGAAAACGAUUUGUACUGUUUGGAUAAUGAUUAGCAUGAAUCAGUUUGAAUUAAAAAACGGAUAAUUUUACACGAUUAUAUGUUUUUAUAUAUAUAUAUAUACUGGUCAUCCAGACCCGUGUUGUUUUCUCGUGCACAGCAUCUCUUCAGCCUAGAUGUAUUUACCCAUACAGUCAACUCCAAAAGCUUAUUUGCCUCUGUCCUCUGAACCACGAAUCCUGAGGUUCAGACUCAUGAAUCCGAAGCAUUUAUGGACAGAAUAAUGUAUCGGUCUACUGCUUCGGUUUCACGAGUCUGAAUCUUGGAGUUUGUAGUUCAGGGGAGAGAGGUGAACGGACUUUAGUAGUUGACUGUACACAAAAGGCAAGAUGUAAGUAAAGCACCCAUGUAGUCCAGCAGUUCCUAGAGGCUCCAUCAAGGGGGUCUGGGUGCCAUGCCUUGUAUGCAGGAAGCUUUUGGUCACUUAUAUCUCAAGGUCAGAAUGAUUGGUCAUUUGUAUCUCCCCAAUGUCUUUACCAUGAAGCCAUAUGUCUUAGUUAACACAAAGCCACAUGUCUUAGUUAACACUUAAGGUGGCAUCACACUAGCACUUUCUGGUAGUUUUCCAGAUUUGUUGUCGUUUUUCCACAAAUUGUCAAUUUUUCUAGCCCGUCUCGCUCAGACAAAACGUAUCAUAUUCACUUGACUGGCUUGCGCCAACUUCUGUAGUCAAGUCAAGAUCUAUACUCAACAUUGAAAUAUUUAUAUAAAAUAAAUAUUGAACAAUAUAAAAUAACUAAAUUUAAUUCUGACAAAAUAUUUCACAAUUAAAAAGUUCUUGGUUUCAUACACAUAUUCAAGAAAUUGUACAUGGAUACAUUAAGUAGAUUAUAAUGUUCAGGCUUAAUUUUCUUACUUAUGCAAUCUUCUUCUACUGCUUUUAUGCCAGAUUUUGUAAUGAGAAUGGCAUUCAGUAAUUGUGGACUCAUCUUAUUUCUAUUUUUGGUCUUUGUGUCAGUUAACAUUGAAAAAACUCUUUCAGUUUCUGCAUUUGAGUGGGGAAGGGCAAAUAUCAUUGGUUAUUGGUACUGAUUUACCCUACGUUUUGCCCUCUUUCAGUAAAAUUACCCUAGGCCCUACAGGCCAAGAAAAUAGGCUGAAUUACCCUACGGUGGGCAGCACUGAUAUUCAUAAAUACAUCUGAUAUGUUUGUGUACAUUGAGCCAUGUGAUCAACUUCUUCAUGGCUUCUCCAUUUAUUUCUGUGUGGACAAGUUGUCUUAAAGAAUACAUGAUAGACAGUAUUAAACCUUAUCAUUGCCUGUGGGACCCAAAGGACAAUAAAUUCUGUAAAAAAUGAAGAGGAAGGCAUACAAAGCCAUCUUCUUUGUUUACAAUUGACGAACGUGGAAAGAUUGGCUCACUAGCUCUCUGUGUGUGUGACAGGGCGUACUCAGAUAAUUGACAAUUUUUUGAAAAUUGAUGCAAUAAAAUGACGAAAAAGGUGCUAAUGUGAUGAUGCCUUAAGCCACAUAUGAUGUUUAUGCAGCAGAAAAAAUAAAUAUUCACCUCUGGUUGUUAUGCCCUCAUGCCACAUAUUGUAUUGUAUGUACAGUGUAGAGCAUCAGACUUCACAAUGCACUACAUACUGUACAUCACUGUGCAUCAUGGCUACAGACUGUGCUGUAAACAGAUGUAGACAGGCAUCACAGUCCUAAACAGCCGGGCAGUUUGAUUGUGUGUGAUGAAGACAAAGUAUGUUAUCCCCGUCAGAGGAAAAAUAUGAAUGGAGCUUUGAAAAAUAUCAAAGGCAUAAAUAAACACACACACACACACACACACACACAAGGUUCUCCUUGAGUAUUUAACUGUCAUGCUGACUUUUCUUCCAUUAAUCAUUCAGUAUUAUCAUUUAAAUAAGAAAUAUAUAUUAAUUGGACAUUCUUCCUCUAUCCCUAUUGCUGCUCAACAGAUUUUCCUAGUCACUUUUUUUGGAUACUCCGGAAAAAUAGUUAUCAGCCGUCAACAAACUCUGAAUACUGUAUUACUACAUAACCCAGACCACGAAACAUGCAUUUGACACUCCUCACAGAAAGUGAACGGGUGACUGAGUCGCUACACCAAGGAGGGAAACUACUUUACAAUGAUUUCUUUCCAGAACAAUUGUGGAGAUGUUUUUAAUGUUUGAAUUUAUGAAAUGCACUUAUACUAUCAUGUGUAAUGUGAUCGUCAUCCCUAAAACUUUCACUGAUUUUUUUCAGUUUCUGUUUAUUGUACGUCCAAAAAUGUAGUAAAUAUUUUGAGUUCUUGAUAAAAAAAAGGAUAUAUACCUGUAACCCUGUUUUAUCAUUACUACUAUGCAGUACGGUACUUUUAUUUUGGUGUUCUUAAUAAACUUGUUACAAGACUGGUCAACACUUAACCCUCAUACUACACUACCUUCAUACAUACAUUACCAUCAUAGUUUUUGUUAUUCAGACACAUGAUAUCCAUCCAAACAUAUUCAGGUUUGUUGCACCUUUACUCAAGUUGUGAUUACAUCCUGUUUGUAAAGUUAUUAAGAUCA